AGGGUUGGUGAAAAAUUCAUUCAUUGGGCCGACGAUCGAGAACCGAUAGACUUGGACGAGAUUCUGGCUUCGAUAAGCCUAUACUGGUUCACGAACACGAUUUCCCGAAACAUGUGGCCCUAUCGAUCGUUGUCGAAACUUCCAUUAAACCUGGAAAAACCGCUUGGUUACUCGUACUUCCCGAGAGAGACUUUCUUUGUGCCUCAGGCUUGGGGAAGCAACUUGAAAAGCUUUGUCCGAUAUGAGAACGAAAGGGCAAGUUGGGGCAUAUAA